UGAUAAUAUGUCGAAAGUGGAAACAAGAGGGAGCAUCGAUUAUGUCAGAGGUCGAUGCUUCCUACUUUCGACAUAUUAUCACUCUCUCCGUCGUUACGGAUAAUUUCUAUAGAAAUCUUGUUCCAUUUACAUUAUUAUGCAACUCUCAAGAGACUGAAUUUCAAGUAUGUCGAGUUGGAGAGUUUCCCCAAUCAUGGAAAAUCAAAUUCACAAAAGGAGAAAUAAAUGAUGCCUCAUUCUGUGCUGCCACUUUGCUAGAUGGACCAUCAGUCGUGUUUGUUUUUCAGAGUGUAUCUUUUGUGAAUUCUG